UAUUUUAUUUGUAUACAAAUCUAAACGUAAAAAAUUAAAAAAUAUAUUGCUUUUAUUAAUUACAAUAUAAUGUGUAGUGAAUAAUGAAUGUAAUUUUUCCAAAUUGUUUUGUAGUAGUGACGUUAAUCUUUUAAUAAUAAAUAGAAAUUUUGACAUUGAUGCCAUACAAUAGUAUAAACUGGAGAGAAAGACCUUGAAUUUGUGUAGGUUGUGUAAACAAAAAUCUGGAUAAUCAUUUCUUGUGUAUUGGUUGUGACUUGGAGAGGGCCAUCAGAAAACAGCUGACUUGGUAGUAGUAUUUCACUUAACAUUAAAACAAGAAUGCGGAUGAUCCAAUUUAUUAAGUGCUGACUUAAAAGAAUUUUAAUUGAAUUCGAUAGAGCACAUAAUUCAACAGCAAAAAAACAAUACUAGUGAUAAUAAUGGGUAAAUGUCAAGAUCUUCUGGAGGCUGCUAGAAAUGGGAAUACAACGGUAGUAAACAAAAUUCUUCAACACAAAGGAGGGCCACUGUCAAGUUUCAGACGUAGUCCUAGCAUCAAUUGGCAAGACGUUAAUGGAUAUACCGCACUACAUCAUGCCUGUCUAAAUGGACAUUAUGAAAUUGUUAAGGUUCUGCUCGUACAUCAUGCAUCCCACGAAAUUCCCGAUAUUAGGGGUUCUUCACCUCUCUAUUUAGCUGCGUGGGCUGGUAAUGAACACAUUGUCAAUUUACUGCUAAUGCUAAGAGGCACUGGAAAUCUAAAUGCACAAACUAUAGAAAAUGAAACUGCCCUUCAUUGUGCGGCACAGCAUGGUCACAAUGCAGUUGUAUCAGCCCUUUUAGCACGUGGGGCUGAUCCUACAAUACGCAAUAAUAGCUUUCAAACACCUCUAGAUUUAGCAGCACAGUUUGGACGUUUAGAAGUUGUGCAGACUUUAAUUAGUAAACAUCCCGAAUUAAUUGAGCCUUAUAGGCUAUUCGACGAAGUUGUAGCUGUGGAAAAUGGAUGCUCCCCACCAUAUAAAAUAACACCCACAAAACAUAUUUUUACUCAAUCAUGUCUGCAUUUAGCAGCACGAAAUGGUCACAAUGAAGUUGUUAAAACAUUGCUGGCAGCCGGUGUGGAUGUUAAUAUUUUGACACAUACAGGUUCUGCUUUGCAUGAAGCGGCCCUGUGCGGUAAAAAGAAUGUAGUGUGUACCCUACUAAGUGCUGGCAUUGAUCUUUAUGCUGUAGAUGGAAAUGGCAAAACCGCAUUGGAUAUACUUAAAGACUAUCCCACAAAUGUCACCUAUGAAAUUCUUACAAUCAUAAAUGAUUUUUGGCAAAUAAAUAGUAGCAUGAUAAAUAAAAAUCAUUUCAGGCCUAUAAAGGAUGUCAAUGAUAAUCAUGCAACAAUGUCAGCUCCAACAAGUAAGGAAAUGGAUGUUAAUCAAAUUCCCGAUUUUGAACAUCAACACCAACGAUCGCUAACCAUAAACUCUUUAGACCGAUAUAAUAAUUCUACAGAACGUUAUACACCCAUGGAGCCCAUAAAAUGGUCAAAAUCUAAUAAUGAUUUAAGUACAAAACACGAACAAAUUCCCGAAUAUAAAUCUGUUUAUAAGUCUAAUUUACUGCAUAGACGUUUAGGUGGCAUUGAAAAACAAUUUCCAAAAUUUUCCACUAUUAAUGAAUUACAAAAUCAAAGUCCUCUUAAGUCUACAUUAUAUCGAUGUGUAGACGAGUAUGUGGAAAUGACAAUGCCAAAUUCAAGUGCAUGUUCUACACCGCGAACUCCUCGUACACCGGUAGUUACGUCACAACCAUUACCUAGUCCUAGAAAAUGUAUGGAAUAUGGUGAUUAUGCAAAUAUUAAUAUAAUCAAUGCACACAGUAAGCAUGAUCAUCAUAAUAAUGACAGAAUUUCGUUACGUUCGGGUAGUUUCGAUAGUAAUAACAACAAUGAUAUACAAACUCCACACGAGCAUUCGCCAACACCAGAUUGUCCACCACCAUCAGCUUCUGAAGCCGAAUCUACUAUAUUCGAAUUUGUCAAGCCAGCGGAGAGGACUUUGAAGAGAAAAUCUUUACUUUUACACCAACAAGAUUCACAAUUUUAUGACGGCCUGAAGUCUUUUAUAUGGGAGGAUCACACCGAACCUCAAGAAGAACAAUUUGAUUCCCUGACCAGUUCUCGGGUAUCAGAAUGUGUGGAGGAAUUUGUUGGUGAUGUGCCGUUUGCAGGACUAUUUAAAGGCUCUUCUUUAAAUCUGGCCAAUACCUCAUCAUCAUUGGAUUUAAGAAAUUCUGUAGUGAUUGAUGAAAUUCCUAGUGGCUUAAGAUCACCGAGUCUAGUGAGAUCGGUUAAACCAAUACCUGCAAAACGUAAUGUUACCAUUAAAACACCUACUUCAGAGGAUGAAUACGAAUUCGAUGCCACCAAGGCUUGGGAUGAAAUCAAUACUAUUUUUGAGAGUAUAGGCAACGAAGUAGCUGCAACAGAUACGAAAUUAGAAGAUUUGAGUGAACAAAAUGCUCUAACGAAUACUUUACGCAAAAAAACAUUAACAAUGCGAAAACCUGCCGACUUGUUACUGGGUUCUAAUACGCAGGAACAAAAUACAAAUCCCAACUGGUGCCACUCAGCCAAUACUUUGAUUUAUGGCUAUGUUAUUUAUAAUGUAUUUUAUUUGGGUUCCACAGUAAUUAGGGAACUACAUGGAACAGCAUCCACGAGAAAAUCUAUACAAAAAUUGAAACGAGAAGAAACCCCUGCACCUCAGGAAGAUAACGAAGAAAAUGUAUUAAUUAAGGAUAUAACUAGUUCGACUCGUAUUUUAAAAGCAACAAAUCAACAGACCCGUUUAGAAGUGGGCAUAGCAAUGUCACAUGCUGGAGUACGAUUUAUCGAAAUCGAAAAUAAGAGUACAAUUUGUGUCCACGAUAUAGAAAAUAUCAAUUGUGUUAGUCAGGACACUGAUGAUUUGCGUUAUUUUGCUUAUAUAACUCGAGAGAAUAAUAUACACUAUUGUCAUGUCUUUAUGGUGGAUGAUUUGAAUUUGGCUACAGAAAUAAUUUUAACAUUAGGUCAAGCAUUUGAAGUUGCAUAUCAAUUAUCCCUGAUUAGUCAGGAAGAUUCUCUACGAACACAAACACAAUGUUCCACAUCUCAAGAAAUGAAUGGAGAAAAACGUUUAAGCUAUGUUGAUGUAGUGGAUAAUAUUUAAAAUAUUAACGUCUAUAACUAACCAACAAAAAUUGGCUAAAAAAGUGUCCUAAUACAAUUAUGAUAUUUAUUAUAACCCUAAAAAUUCCCAUAUUUAUUAUAACUUUUUAUUUAAUAUUAUUACUAGUCUUGAUGCCAUUUAUUUGAAAAAUAUGCAGUUUCUUAUUUAAACGUCUCAAGAUAAAAUUGCAAAAUGUUCGUAUGUGCUAAAAAAAGUCACAAAAAAAUUAAAGAGUUUUAUAAAAUCCCUUUUAAUUAUGCAGAGACAUCACAUUAUAUGCAAAAAGAACUGUAUAUAUUUCAUUUGUAUUGUUAUUGUAUUGUUUUUUUUAAUUAUCCCACUUAAACAAAAUGUUUUUUUUAAUUUUAAAUUUUAGUGCCUUAUUGCAAUCAAUGUACCAAAUAACAUUUUUUUAAUAAAAUGAAAUAUUUAUGUAUACAAUUCUAAA